ACUUUUGUGCUUUCAGUUUAAUUAAAAUAAAUAGGCACCAUGAGAUUCCACUAACUAUUAUGUAUAUAAACAUUAGAGAACCGGUCAAUUCACUUCAGCAUCCUCACACUUUGAAUGCUCAACCAAACUUCACUUCAUAGGUAAACUUCUUUGCAACCACAUAAAUUGAGAAGAAGAUGAAAGAAAGAGAUUCAGAGAGUUUUGAAUCUCUCUCUCAAGUUCUCCCAAACACUUCAAAUCCUGCACACAUGAUCCAAAUGGCCAUGGCAAACUCAGGUUCAUCUGCAGCCGCACCUCCACGUCAAGACCAACAUGACCGGUCAAAGUGGCUGCUCGACUGUCCUGAACCACCUAGCCCGUGGCAUGAGCUUAAAAUCCAAGUCAAAGAAUCUUUCCUAACCAAAGCCAAAAGGUUCAAGUCUCUUCAAAAACAGCCUCUCCCAAAACGAAUCCUCUCUAUCCUCCAAGCCGUUUUCCCAAUCUUUGGUUGGUGCAGAAACUAUAAACUCACCAUGUUCAAGAACGAUCUCAUGGCUGGUCUAACCCUAGCUAGCCUUUGCAUUCCCCAGAGCAUUGGCUAUGCAACUCUUGCAAAGCUUGAUCCUCAAUAUGGCCUAUAUUCGAGCGUGGGGCCACCGUUGAUAUACGCAUUGAUGGGAACAUCAAGAGAGAUAGCAAUCGGACCAGUGGCUGUGGUAUCUCUCCUUUUAUCCUCAAUGUUGCAGGAACUAAUCGAUCCAGAAACAGAUCCCUUAGGCUACAAGAAACUCGUUUUGACAACAACUUUCUUCGCUGGAAUCUUCCAAGCUUCUUUCGGAAUAUUCAGAUUGGGGUUUCUCGUGGAUUUUCUGUCGCACGCAGCCAUAGUAGGGUUCAUGGGUGGUGCAGCCAUUGUUAUAGGACUCCAACAGCUUAAAGGCUUGCUUGGUAUCACUAACUUCACCACGAACACUGACAUUGUUUCUGUUCUUCGAGCUGUCUGGAGAUCUUGUCAUCAACAAUGGAGUCCUCACACUUUCAUCCUCGGAUGUUCUUUCCUCAGUUUUAUCCUUAUCGCUCGUUUCAUCGGGAAAAGGAACAAAAAGCUGUUUUGGCUACCGGCAAUAGCUCCGUUGAUCUCCGUCGUAGUUUCAACGUUAAUGGUGUUUCUCACUAAAGCCGACGAGCAUGGCGUGAAGACAGUGAGGCACAUCAGAGGAGGUCUUAAUCCCAUAUCAAUUAACGAUCUUGAGUUUAAUACUCCUCAUCUUGGACAUAUCGCUAAAAUCGGAUUAAUCGUUGCUGUUGUCGCUUUAACUGAGGCCAUUGCGGUGGGAAGGUCGUUCGCCGGAAUUAAAGGGUAUAGACUCGAUGGAAACAAAGAAAUGGUGGCCAUUGGAGUUAUGAAUGUUCUUGGUUCCUUCACGUCUUGUUAUGCUGCUACUGGUUCUUUCUCUCGGACGGCGGUGAACUUCGCUGCUGGGUGUGAGACGGCGAUGUCGAACAUUGUAAUGGCGGUUACAGUUUUUAUAGCACUCGAGUGCCUAACGAGGCUUCUCUACUAUACUCCAAUCGCGAUCCUCGCCUCCAUAAUCCUUUCAGCACUUCCGGGAUUAAUCGACAUUAAUGAAGCUAUUCACAUUUGGAAAAUUGAUAAAUUGGACUUUCUUGCUCUCAUUGGAGCUUUCUUUGGCGUUUUAUUCGGCUCUGUCGAGAUCGGACUCCUCGUUGCGGUGGUUAUUUCGUUUGCCAAAAUCAUACUCAUAUCGAUUCGACCAGGGAUUGAAACUCUCGGAAGAAUUCCUGGGACCGACAUUUUUGCAGAUACUGAUCAGUAUCCUAUGUCGGUUAAGACUCCCGGAGUGUUGAUUUGUCGUGUCAAAUCUGCAUUGUUGUGCUUUGCAAAUGCUAGUUCCAUCGAGGAAAGGAUAAUGAGAUGGAUAAACGAGGAAGAAGAAGAUGAAAACACAAAGAGCAACGAUGAGAGAAAGAUCCUUUUUGUAGUCCUUGAUAUGUCAAAUUUAAUGAACGUUGAUACAUCGGGAAUUACGGCAUUGGUGGAGCUCCAUAACAAUCUAAUCCAAAAUGGUAUUGAGCUCGUGAUCGUUAACCCUAAAUGGCAUGUAUUCCACAAGCUGAAUCAAGCAAAGUUCGUCAGCAAAAUCGGCGGCAGAGUCUAUUUGACAAUAGGAGAAGCUCUCGAUGCUUGCUUUGGACUGAAAGUUUGAGAAACAGAAUAUAAUCAACAUGCGUGUUUUACGGAUUGUUGCAUGUGAGUUUAGUAAUUUAAAAUCCACGUGUGCAUGAUUAUGAAUAAUUAUUAAGUACGUAUGUCGGUAUGUGCGAUGUAGCUAGAGUGCCUUGGUACGUAAGCUCGAUCGUGAUUAAAUAAAGUCAUGCAAUCUGUAGUGUGACGAUCGAUGGGUGUGUAACUAUAUUCGGUAACAAUGUAUAAAUAUAGAUGUCGCUCGAUAAAUAUUGUGUUUGUAAUGUAUUAUCGUUAAUUAACGCGCUUGUUAAAGAUGAUUUAAUUUACCA